GCUUUGCCGACCGCUACCCAUCUUAAAACUAACUUCGACAACAACAACGUUAACACAUUCUCAGCAAACCCACUUUGUAAUCCCCCGUUAACCUUAAACUCAUCAUGGCCGAAUCUAAGUCCAACGACAAAACAACAAACUCUCUGUCAGUUAAAGAAGUAAGAGCACCCAAUUUGGCCGAAAGAGCAAAGGAAAAGUUUGAGGCUAUGUUUCAUCCUCAGAAUUCUUCAUGCCAUCAUAACAGGGAAACUCAUGAACUGCAUAAUGGCAUCGACAAGAACAUCUCAUUGGAUGAUGUUAGGGCUCCAAAUGUGUUUGAGAGAGCAAAGGAGGAGUUUCAAGCCCUUGGUCAAGUGUUCCAUCACAAGAAAGAGGCUCCAAUUCAUGAUAUAAGGGAUGGAAGUCAAAUGGCUGAGUCAAACCAUAAACAAGAAAUCCCAAUCUCUCCAUCAGAAACAAAAGGAAAGGAAGUAAACAUAUUUGUGAAAGCUAAGGAAGAGAUUAAAGCCGCCUUACACCAUGAGAAGCCAAAACACCAUCAUCAUAAUGAAACUCAUGGAAGGAGUGAUGAUAUUGAUGAGAAUACCGCUACCAAUGAAGUUAAGGGCCCGAAUGUCUAUGAAAGAGUAAAAGAAGAAUUCGAAGCUGUUUUCCAAGCAAUACAUCCCAAGAAAGAAGCUAAGGAAGAGAUUGAAGCCACCAUACACCAUGAGAAGUCACAACACCAUCAUCAUAAAGAAACUCAUGGAAGGAGUGAUGAUAUUGGUGAGAAUACCCCUGCCAAUGAAGUUAAGGGUCCGAAUGUCUAUGAAAGAGUAAAAGAAGAAUUCGAAGCUGUUUUCCAAGCAAUACAUCCCAAGAAAGAAAGCUGACAAUUUUCCUUCUAAGAUAGCAGUAUGGUGAAUCCAGUUUGAUUGGGAUGAGAGGUAUGUGCAUGAGAUAAACAGUAAACAUAUUUUUGCAGUGUAUCCAUAUACCAGAUGAAAAUCUCUCUCGCCACACCUGAGAAAGUGAUACAAAUAAAAGAUGUUCUUUGUUACUUAUCAUUCAUUCUUGAAGGAUAUUAAUUUUCCUUCGUUAUUUCCCUUUUCACACCUUAUUGCUCCCUUAAAUCACAAGAUUUGAUCUAGUGAAAACUUAAAGUUUGUGGUUCCAAUCCUUUGUAAAACAACCUUAUUCAUCAAGUGGAGUCUAUCUGGUUUAUUUGGGUUGUAAGGCUUGAGGUGUUGUUUGCGGCAAUGAAAGCCUCCUUUCACAUCGCACAUGUACAUUUCAAUGGCCAUCAGUAUUGGGAACACUAGUUAUUUUCGCAAUUAGAUUGGACAUUUUUGAAUAAGAUGGAUUAGAUAUUUUACUUUUGAUUAAAGGAAGGCAAAAAAAGACAAACUAAAGGCAUGUGGUUCAAGCAGAAAAUGUAGAAUAUGUCUAUCCUUCAAUCUACACAGAAACCUUGCCCUACCCAUGAAGAAC